AUGGAAUGCGAACAUAAUAAAAAAAUACGUUUGGAAGAAAAAAAAUCUAUUCGGAAGGAAGAAGAUACUAUUGAAGAUAUUGAUAAUACAAAAGUUAAUAGUUUGACAAUAGAAAACUUAAAUAGUUUUCUAGAUAUUUUAAAAUCAAAAUUAUCAAGGCUAUAUAAAGAUUCUAAUAAUGUAGUAGAUAUAUAUAGUUUAAUAAGUAGUGAAAUAACAGAAUUAUGGAUGAUUGGAGUAUCAAGGAAGAUAACUCUAAAAUUUAUUGAAUUAGAUGGUAUGAAUAUUUUUAGACAACUAUUAUAUAUUAAAGAAGAACAUAAUUUUAUAAAUAAUACUAGUGCAAAUGAGAUAUAUGGGGUUAUACUAGGAAUAUUGUGUGAUAUUACUGAUCCUGAUAUAAAUGAAGGUGAUGAUGAUAUAUCAAUUGAAAAUUACACAGAUAAGACAUACUGGUUAAAUAUACUUGAAUCAAUUGAACAUAGUAUUGAAUUUAAUUUAAUUGGAAAAGUAUUAAUGAAUUUAGAAAACAGUAUAUCUACAGAUAUAGAUAAUAAUAAGGAAAAUAUAGAUACAGCUAUAUCUAAAGGAUUACAACUUAUAGAAAAUUUACUAGAUAUAGAUCCUAUUCAGGUUUCAAAUAAAAUAUUUGCUGCUAAAGAAUUAUAUAACAUAUUAUUAAGUUGCCUAAAGUCUGAAAAAUCAGAGAUAAAUUCUAAUUUUGCACAUAAAGCAGAGAUACUAUGUAUUCUUGUUCAGAAUUCAUUAGAGUGUUGCCGAGAUACUUUUGAGAAUUGCAAUAAUUCUAUUUUAGAUUUAAUACUGAUAACAUUAGCAAAAUUUGGUUUAAGAAAAGAAGAACCGAAAUUUAUUGAAGAAAAAGAAUUUUUGUUUAAUUUAUCAGAUAUUCUAUCAGUUAUACUAUUAGAAAAUGAGGCAAGAAUUGUUUUUAAUAAGCUAGAAGGUAUUGAUUUAAUGAUUAGGCUUAUGCGUGAAGCAAUAUUUUUGCGUCCAUUGGCUACUAAAAUAAUAUCUUUUUCAUUAAUAAAUUCAAGUGAAAAUUGUAAUUUAUUUGUUGAAAUGUAUGGAUUAAAACCAUUAUUUGCUUUAUUAGCUUACUCAAUAGAAAUAUUGGAUAAAAAAAAAAAAGUUAGAAAUGUUGAACAACGUGAUCUAGAUGAACAUAUAUGUAGUAUUAUUCAAUCACUAAUACAAUACUCAAAUGAUAAAAAUUUAAAACGUGUAAUUAACAAAUUUGUGGAACAUGAUUUUAUAAAGACAGAUGCAAUACUUAAAUUAAGGAAAUUUUAUUCCAACAAUGUUGAGGAAGCAUUUGAUUUUCUAGAUGAUAAUAAUUUAGAUGAUAUCCAAAAUUCCAAACUUGUAGAUGCUGGUUUAUUUACUAUUCAAUUAAUUGAUCUAAUUCUUUUACAUCUAAUUGUAUAUUUAGCUCAAAAUUCAAAACUCUUCUCAGCACCAUUACCAAUUAAUAAUAUUGAACAACUAUUUUUAAAAUAUAACUUAAAAGGUUCUGAUAUUCUCAAUAAUAUUGAAGACUAUUGUGAAAAUUUAGGAAGUAAUGGGAAAGAAGAAGCUGCAAAACUACAUUCAAUUAUUAAAUAUUUUAAAUCUAUACAAUUUAAGCCUUAA